UCACUGCCUGUUCUGUAGUCAAUGUCCUGAUGGAGUUCGUACCCAAUCAAAUUGCUCUAGGAUGGAUGAUACUCAGUGCAUGAAGACUUGUAUUAAAUCAACCGAUAUAUUUGACAUCGGAAGGAAGGCAUGUGUCCCAGAUCCAAGAUUCAUUGAGGAAACAACCAAAGCUGUUCUUACUAACACAAUGGAAACUCUUGAAGCUCAGGCAGACGAGGAAGAGAAGAGUAAACCAAUGCCGAGGCAAUUAGUUGAUAAUCCUGGUUUAAAUGGCAAAUUAGAGUUCCUCUCUCAUGAGACAUAUCUCCUCAUCGGGAUCGGUACCCUCGUGAUCAUCGUGGUCAUCGUCUUGACCAUCAGCAAUCUUAUCAUUUGCAAAACCUAUCUAUACCACAGAACAAAGCGGGACAAGGAGCAACAGAGGAUACUUCCGAAAACGACAUCGACGGGGUCAAUGACCACAACGUCUUGGACAUCGACAGCCUCGAUUCCCAUCAUGGUUUGAAGGCAGCCGUGGUCAGUCACUGUUUCGAUCACCAAUUCUAUCUUGCCACGUUGCUCCUUCAUCGGGAUAUUUUGUUUGGAACAUUUGCAAUAGAUAUAGGAAAAUUGGAUUGAUACAUAGGCUAAGCCAAUGAUUAUAAUUAAUAGGUCCACAAUGAUGGAAGCAAACAUUUUCGUAGGCCUAUAGCAAAUUUGGAAAUUACAGGACGCUACAAACCUUUUGUCUGAAAUCGGAAUGUUUUUUGGCUCCAAAAUUUGAUAAGUCUUUGAAUAAAAGCGACAAAAUAGAAGGAGCAUAACAUAUUCAUUAAAGUAAUCAAACAGUCAAUGACUUCAUUUAAUAUUUGAAAUAAUCGAGAGAUUGGAAAUGAAUUCAAUAAAUGUUUUAAAAAGGAAAUUAGGCCUGUACCAGAUACGAUCAAAUAACAGCAGUUUACAAAAUCUAAAUAACCUACUUUCGAUGCUUAAAAAAGGCAUGCAUUCAAAGAGCUGGACUCCCGUCAUGCUUCUACUGAAAACAGCUACAUGUAGUGUAAUAAACAACUAUUUUAAUUUUGAUAGACAUAUUUUGUAUAUUAACAUCAUACUGCAAUGAUUAUACAAGUAUUGAAGUGUAGUGAAUCUUAUUAUCGGGCUUGUGCGGCGGCAUAUCCAACCCGGUUACCGCAACCUGUCGGCAAUGAUUAUCGAGUGACGUACCCGGCGAUUCGAGAAAAAAGUGCCCCAUAAAUUCUCUAAAGGUCGGGUGCAGUAUACCGGACCCUUUGUAUAUUUGAAUGAAACGAGUUGUGCACAUUUCAGUCAAAACGUAGGGUCGGGUUAACUAGAUUUCGUACGGAGUGGGGCCAAAAGUUGACCAGAUUUUGGCGCCCCUGUGGACUUUUCGUAAAAUGGCGCCCGGCCCCCUACCUCCCCGCAAGGCAAACAUUAGUGCCUUAAAUACAUGUUGAGUUAUCUUAUUUCAUAGUCAAAAUCACAUGAAAAAUUGAGGGUCAUUUCUUUGCAAUGAACUCAUGAAGAAAAACAAAAUUUAUUAAUGUAAUGUUAUAUCACUUUACAAAAAAAAAUAAAUGAGAGCGCGAAGCGCGAGCGAUUUUCUGUUUUCUGUGUAAAGUAUUUGGGGUUUUAAUUUCGUUUAACUUCUCACCAGAGUAGGCCCUACUAGAAUUGUGUGAUCAGGAGCUGUAAUUUCUUUACUAGUCGUUUUAGAAUAGCCUUCAAUAAUUAUCAUUCAAAAACCCUCUUGGGAUUAAUGCAAUCUCUAAGGCAAUCGACUCAAUCGCAUCAGUGGUGUAUCUGGGAUUUGUUCAGCAGGGGCGCACGGGGGAGGGGGUGGCUUGGUUUUUUGUAGGGGGCACCAAGAUAACAAUAAUUGGCGGACGGUACAGACCGAAGUUAGAGAAAAUCUGAGAUUUACCCUCAAAAAUACAAUGAGGUAUAUCACAAGACCUAAACGAGUAAUGCGAACAUGCGAGCACAUUUUGUAACUAUGAACAUAAAUUUUAUCCCUGAUCUUGUGAACCUGUUUAAA